GGAAGCACGUUUCUUGCCAUCUGUAAACAACUUACAAAAAAACCAACGCACUUUUAGGAGGAAAAUCUCUCAAAGACCGAAACACUCGGUAGAUUUUAAAGAUGGGAGACGAAUUAGCAUUGCUUAGUGUUUCUGAUAAGACUGGUCUAGUUCAGUUUGCCGAGCAGCUUGCAUCAAAUGGCUUUAAGCUUGUGGCUUCUGGAGGAACAGCUAAAGCACUUAGGGAUGCUAAUAUUCCUGUUAGUGAGGUGGAGGAGAUAACUGGAGCCCCAGAGAUGUUGGGAGGAAGAGUUAAAACCCUGCAUCCAGCAGUACAUGGAGGUAUUCUGGCUCGGCUCCAGGACCAAGACCAAGCAGAUUUACAAAAACAAGGUUUCAAAAUGAUCAGGAUUGUUGUCUGCAACCUUUAUCCUUUCGUCCAAACUGUCGCUGCUGAAAAUGUCACAGUGGAAGAUGCUGUUGAGCAAAUUGACAUUGGGGGAGUAACCCUACUACGAGCUGCUGCUAAGAAUCAUAGUCGUGUCACUGUGAUUUGUGAUCCCCAUGAUUACAAAAGGGUGAUUGAGGAAAUCAAAGCUUCUUCUGGGAAAGAUACAAGCUUAGAAACCAGGAAAAAUCUUGCAGUUAAGGCAUUUAACCAUACAGCUGGCUAUGACGGUGCCAUCUCUGAUUAUUUCCGCCGGCAGUAUAGUGCUGGCGUCUCGCAGUUGACCCUGCGGUAUGGUAUGAAUCCCCAUCAAAAACCAGCACAAAUCUACACUACGCUCCCACAGCUACCCUUACAUGUUGUCAAUGGUUCUCCUGGUUUUAUCAACCUCUGUGAUGCUUUGAACGCCUGGCAGCUGGUUAGAGAUCUGAGCAGAGCACUUGGACUUCCAGCCGCCACAUCCUUCAAACAUGUGUCCCCUGCAGGUGCUGCUGUUGGUGUACCAUUAUCUCCUGAAGAUGCUAAGCUGUGCAUGGUGGAUGAUCUUAAAGAGUUAUCACCCCUAGCAGUUGCCUAUGCUAGAGCAAGAGGUGCCGACAGGAUGUCAUCAUUUGGAGAUUUCAUUGGUUUGUCUGACGUGUGUGACGUCCCCACUGCCAAGAUCAUCAACAGGGAGGUUUCUGAUGGUGUCAUUGCUCCAGGGUACACACCGGAGGCACUGGACAUCUUGAAGAAAAAGAAAGGUGGAAGCUACUGUAUCUUGCAGAUCGAUGCAGAUUACGCCCCACAAGAGAUGGAAACAAGAACCUUGUUUGGGCUUCACAUGGAGCAGAAAAUCAACAACGCUGUCAUAGAUAAACAGUUGUUUACAAAUGUUGUGACUAAAAGAAGUGAGCUGUCAGAAGAGGCUUUGAGAGAUCUGAUUGUUGCCACCAUUGCAGUCAAGUACACACAGUCCAACUCUGUGUGUUAUGCUAAAGGGGGACAGGUUGUUGGCAUUGGGGCAGGUCAACAGUCUCGCAUUCAUUGUACCAGAUUGGCUGGUGACAAGGCCAAUAACUGGUGGCUGAGACAGCAUCCUAAAGUAGCAGGAAUGAAGUUCAAGAAAGGCGUCAAGAGACCUGAGAUUUCCAAUGCUAUUGACAUUUUUGUUCUGGGGACUGUGGGACAGGACAUGGAUUUAACAGCCUGGGAAAGUUUAAUGGAUAACCCACCAGCUCAGCUUACAGAGGAGGAGAGAAAAGAUUGGAUCUCACAACUGAAAGGUGUCGCCCUCAGCUCUGAUGCUUUCUUCCCAUUCAGAGAUAACAUUGACAGAGCAUUCCAGAGUGGUGUUGAGUACAUCGCUGCCCCAGCUGGCUCUACCAACGAUAAAGCUGUCAUUGAUGCCUGUGAUGACCACAACAUCAUCCUGUGUCACACCAACCUCAGGCUGUUCCACCACUAAUCUCCCCUUCAUCCAUGGGGCUUUUAUUAUCCCCCUUUAUCCGGGGCUAUUCCCCUUCAUGUAGACAUUGCUUUGUGAAGAAAACUCAUUCCUAGAUGAUGAAAUGUGUUGAUGUCCAGUGUAUGCUCAAAUUCAUGUGAAGAUUUUGUUGUUCUAUGACCAUCUUGUUAAUGAUAUUAAUUUUUAUAUUUUUAGUUUUAAUUGCAUUUACUGUGCUUAUUUUUGUCUCUACAAAGAAUUUAUUUUGUACCUUUAUUGUCUACAUGUGAUGCAGAGUUUAAAUAAAGGAAUACUCAGGUAAUGCAUCAGAUUUUUAUUACAUUCUGCUUGAACCUGGCAGAGUAUUUCAUGAUUUGCUUUAAAAGAUGUGACUUUCUUUACAAAAUUUAAAAAAUUAAAAUCAAAUUUAAAAAUAA